AUGGCACAUUUCCCGUCUGAGGCUCAUUCAAUCGCCGCUGUGCAACUCAAACACCCCUGCAGCCCAGAGCCAAUUUCUCACAUUAACAUCACCCAGGUUCCCUCCGUUCCUCCGAGCCUACAUGCAAGCCGCCCUCACAGCCGCCUGGACAACCCACGUAUGCACAUACCUACAUACAACCUCAUCCUCCCUACCUUCACACCUCCCACUAACCCCCAUCCGCAGGUCCCCCUCCUGCAAACCUCCUCCCCCGCCCAAGUCGUCGCCCACCUCCUACGCACCCACCUCGGCCCCAACCUCCACUCCCACAUCUUCAUCGACUUCUGCGCCGGCGGCGGCGGGCCCACGCCCUCCAUCGAGCGCCACCUCAACACCACCACCACCAAACAACAAACCAACGGAAACAGAGCAUCGCAAGAGCCCCUGCACUUCGUCCUGACCGACCUGCACCCGCACGCCGACUUGUGGGCGCAGGCCGCCGCGCAGGCCGCCGCCCCCGGCGCGAUCAGCUACGUGGCGGAGCCGGUGGACGCGGCGGAUGUGCCGAGGGAGCUGAUUCGGAGGUAUACCGGUGCUGGUGGGGGUGCGGGGGGGGAGAAAAAGGUGUUUCGGCUGUUUAAUCUGGCGUUUCAUCACUUUGAUGAUGAGUUGGCGAGGAGGAUACUGAGCGAUACGGUUGAGGGGGGUGGGGAGGGGUUUGGGUGA